AUGGGAAGUGUCAGUAGCCUCAUCUCUGGGCACAGUUUUCACAGCAAGCACUGCCGGGCCUCACAGUACAAGCUACGCAAAUCGUCUCACCUGAAGAAGCUGAACAGAUACUCAGAUGGCUUGCUGAAAUUUGGCUUCUCCCAGGAAACCGGCCACAACAAGUCCAGCUCUAAGGGGAACAAGAAUGAGGACUUCUUUUACAUCAAGGUCAACCAGAAGGCUCAUCGGUCGGACUACACCCCACUCUCUGGUGGGGAGCUGGGGAGCCAGGCGUGCAGGAGCAGCGUGGAUUAUGGCACCCCGACACCACCCAAACCAAAGCCAGGCUCCAACCAGCUGGAACUAGCCACAGACAAAAGUUCUUCAAGGCCCACAGCCUUCAAGCCUGUGCUCCCUCGCUCAAACACGGUACUCCAUUCCUCUCCAGAACAUGGCAGCCACCCCUCCCAGCAGCUCCAGUCCCAGGACAAAGCCAAGGACCUGGAAGUUAAGCCAGCUCCCUGUUCGGGAGGACUCUCCGAUUCAGGGAGGAAUUCCAUGUCUAGCCUCCCCACCCACAGCACUGCCAGCAGCUACCAGCUGGACCCUCUUGUCACCCCUGUAGGGCCCAUCAGCCGGUUUGGAGGCUCCGCCCACAACAUCACUCAGAGCGCAAUCCUGCAGGACAGUAACAUGAUGAGCCUGAAGGCCCUGUCCUUCUCUGACGGGGGCACCAAGAUCCUCAAUCCUAGCAAAGGGCCUUCUGCUCACCCCCCUGCCGGGGAGAAGAACUCCUGCAUCCGCUCGCCCAUCUCCACAGACGAGUCAACGAUUCAGGAGCUGGAGCAGAAGCUGCUGGAGAGGGAAGGGGAGUUGCAGGACCUCCAGUGCAGCUUCGAGGAGAAGGAGAUCACCUCCUGCCAGAACUUUGAGGAAAAGCAGAGGCGUUGCAGGGAGGAGAUGGAAGGGCUGAAGCAAAAAUGCAACAACAAGCUCAAGCAGGCAUCGCAGAAGUCGCAGAGGGCACAGCAGCUGCUGCAGCUCCAGGUGUUCCAGCUGCAGCAGGAGAAGAGGCAGCUCCGUGAGGAAUUGGCAAACCUGAUGAAGGAGCAGGACAUGCUGGAGAACAAACUGAGGUCUUACGAGAAGGAGAAGACCACCUUCGCUCCGGCAUUGGAGGAAACACAGUGGGAGGUAUGUCAGAAGUCUGGUGAAAUCUCUCUCCUCAAACAGCAGCUGAAGGAAUCCCAGUCGGAGCUGAACAGCAAGACCAACGAAGUGCUCAACCUGAAGGCCCAGCUGAAGGACAUCCGGGGGAAGAUGGAGCUGCUGGAGAUGAAGAUUCAGGACCUGGAAGACUCGCUGCGCUCCAAGGCCAUGGAGCUGGAGGUCUGCGAGAAUGAGCUCCAGCGCAAGAAGAACGAGUCGGAGCUCCUGAGGGAGAAGGUGAACCUGCUGGAGGAGGAAAUUUCGGAGCUCAGGACAGAUCUCACCAUCCUCAGGGAGGAGAGGAAAUGCGAGGUGGCCUCCAUAGGCCCAGAAGGGAGCAUGGCAGAGGACAUGCAAACCCUGUGGAGGGAAGUGGAGAGGUUGAAGGCAGAGCUCCAGGAGGAACACAGCAACAAUGAGCAGAUGACAGUGGGCUUCCAGCAGGAACGGCAGACUUGGAAGGAGGAGAAGGAGAAGGUGAUCCAGUACCAGAAGCAGCUGCAGCAGAGCUACUUGCACAUGUACAAGAGGAACCAGAAUCUGGAGAAGAUGCUCCAGCAGCUGGCUGCAGGGGAGGAUGGCAAAGAGCCCCUCGAGCUUGACCUACAGGGUACAGAUGUCCCUUAUGAGGACAUUAUCGCCACUGAGAUCUGA